GAUGUUCUCUUACUUCUUGAGCCCUUAGAACAAGCCACAAAAUAUCUUUCAUCAUCAUCCUAUCCAACUUUGGGUGAUGUUCGUUUUAUUUUUCGUAGUGUCCAGACCCAUUUAGAAAAAUGUAUAGGAGAAGAAGACUUUAAACAACGUGAAGUAGCAGCCUCAAUGUCCCAAAAACUUGGAGU